AUGAAGCUUACGGAAGCCAAGACGGACAGUCUUUUCCAAGACCUUGACCCUUUCAAAGCUGGGCGUCCUGGGCGUCCUGUAGUACAGAAAAGAUCGAGAUCAUCCUCAUCAGUCUCAUCGACUUCGUCUGCUUCAACUUGCUCAACGUCCUCUUCAACCUCACAGAGCAAUUCUUUUGAGUUUGACGGUUAUUUGACCAAGCAGCAGUCUUUCUGCGUUCCACUCAACGACCACUCCCCACGCCUCACCAGUCCCGUAAAAACACUCCACCGUCCACCUUCACUUCUCUUCCACCUCCCUAGAAGGGCGCAUAGUUAG